UUGGAAAUGUUACCGUUACACACACAAAACCCCCCAACGUCUCUUUCCAUUUUUAAACCUGAAAGCAAAAAAGUUACGAUUUUUAUACCAGCAAUCAAACAAAUUUUGUACCCAUCAAAUAAGUCUCAUUUCUCGAUUCAUCUCUCUCAUUGAGCUGCAUUGCAACACUCACUCACCAAUGGCACUCAGACCCAUCGACAACGCUCUUCCAACAACCCCAGAGAGACCUAAAAAACAACCCAAAGUCGCUCUUGCAACCCAAAAGCAACAAGACCGUGCUGGCGUCAAUGGCGAAAACAUAGUUCCAUUGCCCUCAUCUGGGGAUGCCACUGUUGACUAUGUCUCCUCCGACAACCUUAAGCCCUUGUCGGACCCUGAAGUUAAGAUUCAGAGCUUGGUUGAAGAUUUGGAUUCGAAAAAUUGGACGAAGGUUUGUGAGUCGCUGAAUGAUGUUAGACGCUUCGCGAUGUACCACUCCUCUCUUCUGUUCCCCAUUUUGGGAAAAAUUGUGUUGGUGGUGGCGAAGACAAUGAGGAACCCUCGUAGUGCUCUCUGCAAAACUGCUAUUAUGGCUGCUGCUGAUAUUUUCAACGCCUUUGGUGACAAGUUGCAUGACCCAGAAAUCUCCGAUGCAUUUGAUGGCUUGCUGCUACAGCUGCUGCUGAAGGCAUCCCAAGACAAAAGGUUUGUGUGUGAAGAAGCUGACAGGGCACUUGGCUUAAUGGUUGGUUCCAUGACCCCUCUUCCACUGCUUCAGAAAAUGAGGGUAUAUGGGAGUCACAAAAACCUUAGGGUCAGGGCUAAGGCUGCUGUUUCUCUCUCCAGAUGUGUCUCCAAGAUGGGGCUUCAAGAAAUGGAGCAGUUUGGGUUGGUUGAACUGAUUGAAGUGGCAGCUGAUUUACUGAAUGAUAGACUUCCAGAGGCAAGAGAUGCAGCGCGAAGUGUUGCAACUUCAAUGUAUGAAGCACUGACAAAGGACUCGGAAGAGAAGAUGGAGCUGUGGCAGAGCUUCUGCCAAUCCAAGUUGCCACCAAUUCAUGCUCUUUCAAUUUUGAAAAUAGUUAAGCCCUAAAAGGGAGGGGUGUUUCUGUUGCGUGUAGUCCCUAGUCAUAUAUUCCUGAAGGCAGAGAGUUUACAAAAUUUAGCUAUAUUGAAGUAGUAGAGCUCAUGUUUCUUCAUGAGCAAGCAAUAUGAAAUAACAUUUCAUGUGUUCAGAGUUUGCUCUAGUACUGCAUAAUCUCUUUUUAAUAACAGUGACUUCCACAAUUUUUGCUGUGUUA